CACGUCCAAAUCUAGAUAAACUCAAGUACGAACAAAGUAAUUUGUUGUCUAAUUUCAAUUAACGACAAAAAUCAGAAAAAGAUAAGGCUUUCACUUGUAAAUCUUACCUCGAACCUCGUGCCAAAUUCCACAUGUCACCUACCCAUCAAACAUGGGACCCAUGCUUAGAUCUUCGCUUCGUCCUUGCACGUAACAAUUUUCUCUUCUUCCUCCCUUUUACACACGUAAUAAACUCAUCUCAAAAAAAUCAGGGGAAAAAAAUAAAAAAUAAAAAAUUGAUUGAAUUUGUGAAAAAUGGAGCAUGAAUUAGGUGUAUCAGAUGCAGCAAAUCGAAGAUUGAGCACUCUAGCAAGACAUUUGGAGGUGAAAACAAUUGAAUCAUCUGAAAAUGCAGGAUUAUAUGCAUCAAUGACAUCUGGGUUUGAUGGGAAUUCUAAUUCUGUGUUUUCCCAUGUUGUUAAAGCUCCUGAAGAUCCAAUCCUUGGGGUAACUGUUGCAUACAACAAAGAUCCAAGUCCUGUUAAGUUGAAUCUAGGUGUUGGUGCUUAUCGAACUGAGGAAGGUAAACCUCUGGUUUUAAAUGUAGUGAGACGAGCUGAGCAGCAACUCAUUAAUGACAGGUCUCGAGUUAAAGAAUACCUCCCAAUCACCGGGCUUGCAGAAUUCAAUAAAUUGAGUGCUAAAUUGAUGUUUGGUGAAGACAGCCCUGCUCUUAGAGAGAAUAGAGUUACUACUGUCCAGUGUUUAUCUGGUACAGGCUCGUUGAGGGUGGGAGGUGAAUUUUUGGCGAAACAUUAUCAUGAGAGGACAAUAUAUAUUCCCCAGCCGACAUGGGGAAAUCAUCCAAAGAUAUUUACACUGGCUGGCUUAUCUGUCAAGACUUACCGUUAUUAUGAUCCGGCUACACGUGGACUACAUUUUCAUGGCCUCUUAGAAGACCUUGGUUCAGCUCCUUCAGGAGCUAUUGUGCUGCUUCAUGCAUGUGCGCACAAUCCAACUGGCGUUGACCCAACAAUUCAACAAUGGGAAAAGAUCAGGCAAUUGAUGAGAUCAAAAGGGUUGUUACCUUUUUUUGACAGUGCUUACCAGGGAUUUGCUAGUGGAAGCUUAGACACUGAUGCAAAACCUGUUAGAAUGUUCGUGGCUGAUGGUGGUGAAUGCCUUUUAGCUCAGAGUUAUGCUAAGAACAUGGGCCUUUAUGGAGAGCGUGUUGGUGCUUUAAGCAUUGUCUGCAAAACAGCUGAUGUGGCAAGCAAGGUAGAGAGUCAACUUAAAUUGGUAAUUAGGCCCAUGUUUUCAAAUCCUCCCAUUCAUGGUGCAUCCAUUGUGGCUACUAUUCUCCGAGACAGGAAUCUGUUUGGUGAAUGGACUGUCGAGUUGAAGGCAAUGGCUGAUCGUAUAAUUAGCAUGAGGCAGAAACUCUUUGAUGCUUUGCGUACUCGAGGUACACCUGGUGACUGGAGUCAUAUAAUCAAGCAGAUUGGGAUGUUCACUUUCACCGGAUUAAAUGAGGAGCAAGUCACUUUCAUGACUAAAGAGUACCACAUAUAUAUGACAUCUGAUGGGAGGAUUAGCAUGGCAGGUCUAAGUUCAAAGACUAUCCCUCACCUUGCAGAUGCCAUGCACGCUGCUGUCACACGUGUUUCAUAGAACGUCAUCAUUUAUUGUCUGCUGAGUGUUUCUUCCAGUGCAGUCCUGAUAGCUUCUGCAAUUUACUAGUUCAUUACCACCAAGGACAUUGUAUGUUGAUCGGAAAUACACUCUCACCAGGUCAAGCUUCAGAUGAUAUAAAUAUACAGCUGCUAUCUUUCUUUUUUGCUUUUUUCUUUCAUUUUUUCCCUUUUAUCAACCUUGUAUACUUGAAUAUUCAGGUGUAAGUAUUGGUAUUUUGACAUUUUCCCAAUAAGCUUAAGCUUUCAUGCAUAUAUGUUUUAAAAGGCUAAGCUACUUAUUCCCAAUAAGUGUAAGCUCAAUGCUUUAUAUUUACUUAUCAUAUAGUGACACAAGUUAAGUUUCCAUCAA